AUGACCUCGGACUCGACCGUGUGCGUCGUUAUCUCUGCUCUCCCCACCUCCGCCGGCCCUGUAUGCUUCCUCUGCUUCACCGGCUCACUUGGCUCACAACCUCGCUGUUUUAGACAUCGCCCGACCGAGUCCCUCAUCCUUCCGAACAAACGACGAUUCUUUCCGUUCCGGAUACCUAACUUCCACACACAACUCCGCCACUAUAUCAGCACCGCCGAUCCGGAUCGCAUUUAUGUCGUCGUUGAAAGAAUUGUCUAUGCGAUCCAUAUCGCGGCGCAAAAACGGGAGAGCAUGGCUGUCAUCCCGUUCGAGCCGCGAUGCUUAGCGGCUGGAUAUGGGUGGAUCGCAGUGGGGGGCCCGGAGAAUGGAGAAUGCGCCUUCAUCAGAACCGACGAAAGAGGCAUACAAUUACACGGAGAGCCAUCCUCACAUCAGCCCUCCGAUGUGGACAGCGCGCUUCCACUCGACCUCGAGAUACCCUCUAGACUCCCAUCCCCGGACACUUCGAGUGGUGGGACAACGUCGGCACGCCGUUCACCACGGAGGUUGUUACCGGAGUUUGAGCUGCACAAAUUCGGGGGUAGUAUUGUCAAUUCCGUGACUAUCCACCGCUUCCCGGCAGACCGCGAAGGUAUCUCGAAUGAAGAUGUCAUGGUCCUCAGCAACAACGAUCGAACCGUCACAGUCUACUCGUUGACACGUGCAAAAGUGCUCAAAGUCCUCCACCACCCGACGUGCAUGAACUAUGCGAUCAUAUCACCCGAUCAUAAAAUACUCGCGGCAGUAGGGGACGAGAACCGUGUAUAUUUCUAUGAUGUGGCUCAGGAUGGGGAGUCGCUCGUGACGAUUGAAUCUGGUGGAAACGUCGGAGGCUGGGAGUGGGAGCUAUCCCGUUGUGUUGAAAUGGACAUCGGGCCGCGAUCGGAUGACGCUUGCUGCUUUACCAUUGCCUUCUCUCCGUCCAGUCACCUCUGUGCGAUCGGCUCCCAGUCCGGAAUCGUCUCUGUGCUAGACAUGGACCGCGUUCGUGAGACAGACAAUGACAUGCCCGUGAUUUGCCAGUUCCAAGCCUCCCGAUCAUGCACCGAGGGAGGCGCUGUGCGAUGCAUGACAUUCUCACCUGAGCCAUGGGACCUUUUAGUUUGGCUAGAGGGCCAUGGAAGAGCUGGGGUCGCGGAUGUUCGCCAGUCGUUCUUACGGAGGCAAAUACUGUACCUGGAUGCCGAUGGGCCACAGGUGGAAGAGGUCCGUACAACACCUCUGGCAGAUGGCCCUGAGGGAGGCCAUUCUGAUGAUGAUCUGGAAAUCACAUCUCGGCUAGGGUUUGAUGUUGACGAUUCCCCACAUGAGCGAGAUGGAGAAGAUACUGGACAUGCUUCAUCACGCGAGAGUCUGCUUCAAGACCUCACAGCGCGCGAGCGAUUGAUCAUGCAAUUCCUGAACACUGCACGCUGGAACGCGAGAGAGGAGAUGGGCCUCACUGAGCGACCAGAACCACCCGCGAGAGCAACCCUCCAUCCACACCCUGCAGCUCGUAGCCGCCAUCAUGGUUCCACGAAUGGAACCACUGGGGUAUCCCGACCCUUCUCUCCACCAUACCUAUACGAUUCCUCUGAUAUCGCUCGAGAUGGCCAUCUGGGCCAGUCUAGUGCUACCUACCUUUCACCCCGCAUCGGACGCCGGAGCUCGGUGGUGCUGUCGCAAGAAAAUCGGUCAUCUGAAACAGAUGCCGCAAACCAUGAUCGACAACCCAGUGUCACUCUCAGCUGGACCGCAAGCUCACACUCCGAGCUCAACUCGCAUUCCCCAGAUGUUCUUAGUCGAUUUAAUGGCGAUCCCGAUUCCGUCAUCCAAGAAAUGGAAGCUCGCGGUAUGGCUCCGCCACAUCCACCAGAGCCGAUCCCUCCACCCAACGUUGAGUUCAGACGUUCCCGAGGCCAACGAUCAAGCUCUAUUCCCCGACGAGUUGACCGCCCACAAUCUAAUCACCCUGGUCCAGAGAGGAGAUAUGACCCUACGAGACUCUCCAACUAUGAGAUUCGAGCAAAUGUUGCGGCGGAGCGCCUACGACGCCAACGUCAAAUUGCCGAUGAGGUGCACAACCGCUCGCUGGCAGAACGGGGGCAAAGGGAACAGAGGGCUCGUCAGCAAAUGCUUGGAUUUGAGCAGACCCAUUCACCCCGAUGGAUCCGCAAUAUCAUCAAUGAUCUUCCCGAAAGAAGCUUCAUUCACGGCCCAGGAGCCGAGGAACCAGAUGCCACGGCCGGAGUCGGUUGGGGCGCUGAUGGAAGAACACUAUAUAUUGCAACUCUAGAGGGAAUAUUUGAGUUCCAGCUCAAUGUUCACGACCGAAAAACCUUCCCCAUCUUUUCAUACCGAUAA